AUGGUUGAUGAACUACUAUGCGGCUACAACUGCACCGUCUUCGCCUACGGACAAACCGGGACAGGCAAAACAUACACAAUGUUCGGAAAAAUGACAGAAGAGCUUGGGCUUUUGUCUGACGAUGCAGGGAUCAUCCCACGCACUCUCUACACCCUAUUUGACAAGCUCAAGGGCAGGGAUAGCACUGUCAAGUGUUCUUUCAUCGAGCUAUAUAACGAGGCCUUAUGUGAUCUUCUCUCCGAUGAGGGGGAUACAAAACUCCAGUUGUUUGAGAAUGAACGGAAUGGCGCCAACGGAAGUUUGUUGGUGAAAGGGAUGCGAGAAUCAUACGUUGAUUCUCCAUCAGCUGGUGUUCGACUACUCGAAAUGGGUAGUCGGAAACGACAAGUGGCAGCAACCAGAUGCAAUGAUCUCAGUUCCCGAAGUCAUACCAUCUUCACGAUCAACGUGCUUACCAGGACUAGCGAACAGUCCAUUACGUCUGGGAAACUGAAUCUGGUAGACCUGGCCGGCAGCGAGAAUAUUCAGCGAAGUGGUGCCGAGAACAAACGAGCUGUCGAAGCCGGUCAAAUCAAUAAAAGCUUGCUGACGCUUGGACGAGUCAUCAAUGCACUGGUUGAUAAAUCCUCACAUGUGCCGUACAGAGAAUCAAAAUUGACACGUUUACUGCAAGAUUCCUUGGGUGGGCAGACCAAAACUUGCAUAAUUGCGACUGUUUCGCCCUGCCAGUCAAGUCAGGAAGAGACUGUCUCUACACUAGACUACGCAUUUCGCGCCAAAAACAUUCACAAUAGACCGCAGAUCAACACUCCCGUCCCAAAAGAUACAUUACUCUCAGAACUUGCUCUGGAAAUCGAGAAUCUUAAACGCAACUUGAGAGCGACUAGGGAUCGGAACGGCGUUUAUAUGACUUCCGAUACGCAUGAAGAGAUGCUCAAAGAGAUUGAGUCCCGGCGGAUCGUCAACGAGGAGCAAAAGCAAUGUAUAGAAGCCCUAGAAUCCGGCCUCCAACACAGGACAGGAGAGCUGCUCGCAGUGACACGGCAGCUCCGGGACUUGGAUCUCGACAACAAGGAGGCUCAUCUAAAGCUCAGGCAAAUGAAUGACGCUCUAAACAAGGCUCACAAUAUAUGGGGCGGAUCUAUUGCAGAGGUCUCGGACAUCACCGAGAAAGUGGGAGCUCGAAUGAAGGAUUUCCAAGCUCACCAGACGAGACUCUUACGGGACUUUUCAGCCAAUCUCGGCCGAUUCCUUGAAAAUGAGAUGACGGCUGCUCAGAGGAAUCAGACCCUCCUUUAUGAUACUCUCCGUGCUGUCGAAGGCGCUGGGGAGGAUUCUAAAACGCAACUAUUGAAAGGCGAGACAGAAGAAGCUUUCCAUCAGCUCAAGCAAAUAAGCAAAACGGGCAGGGCGACGGUUUCCGAGGCCUUGAAUGAACUCUCUCAUGCAAUUACCCGGAUAUCUGAAGGUCUUGAGGGUGAGCUAUUGAAGUGCAACGACCAGUUUGAAAUGGCCUACGGCGCAUUCGAUCAAGACGUCCAGUCUACAUUUCAGACAAUAGUAAAACAUGUUGAGGAGCAAAACGUCGAGAUCAGCGAGCUACGCCAUCGGCUUCAAAAUGCCAAUUCUCGAAUGAUAGAGAUGAACCACAAGACGUCGCUUGACGUGGCUCGCCUUUUGGAAGAGGAGCGUGCGAAUGCUGAAGUAGAGCGCAAUAACUUUCUGAGCCAGAUCGGUGCAAUCUACGACCUUUCAUCCCAGCAACGUUGGGACCGGCUUCAAGAGAACUACAAUAUCAUCUGCAGUGACAUUUCAAGUUCUGGAAUUCUGAUGGAAAGUCUCACUACACAUAGCCGGAUUGAUGAGUGCAUCGCAAGGCAAAAGCAACUUGCUAAAGAACUAGCUGAUUCAAGCAGCUAUCUCAAAGUGCGGAUGUGGCAAGAUAAAGAGCGUCUGGGUAAACGACACUUUUCCGCCCGACAAGCAGCAGUAUCCGCGAAGAAGGACCUCCAGCAAAGUGUUGACAAUCAUAAGGAGACUCUUCACGAACAGCUGGAGCUCUGGGCUCGAGAAUUGGAAAAGACGCAAUCACAGAACAAACAGCUUAGUGAUGCCUACCUUGGCCAUUUGAAUACAUUGGAGACCACUAUCAAGCAGUCAUACUCAACAGUGAAGGACCAACUUGGCAUGGUGCUUGAAAACUCCGGGCAAUUUCAGAAAGACAUGGCACGGCAUUCGGACGCAAUGGAGCAGCCUAUUGAGGCCUUGGAGAAGGAGAUCUGCGAGCCCCUCUCGCACCUGCGAACAAACAUACAGAGUUAUUCAAUACCAACAGGUGCCUCCCUAGAACAGGACGCCUGUGAUAGACCCGGGGCAACUCAGAGCAAUCAAGAGGGCACUUCUCACUGGGAACAUGACAAUCUGGCUAAGCAGCCACGCGUGGAGAUUGCAUCUGACGACAGCGAAAACCCGCGACUGAAACGGCGACGCCUGUAA